CGAACUAUAUUUGGGGGGGGGGUGUCCACGAUAACCCCAAAGAAAAUCAAGUCAAUGAGAUUUGUUUUCAGAGCCAGACUUUGCCAGGCGCAUACGAUAAACACAACUGCAAAAUGUUUUGUAUUUGCGAAAAAAGAAUGGCCUGAGAAAUCUCGAAUUGGACAAAACCUUGAUUGCUGUCAUUUGAACUUGCCAUGAACCUAACAUUAUUUGUGCUACCACGCCGGGUCGGGCUGAGGCUCAAGGACCAAGUCUGGGCCUGUGCAGACCUCUGUGGCGGUCGAAUAGUAAAUUGUAAUAUCAAUUGAACAGAGCUACCGUCUCUGAUUAUAACAUUAGUACAGUAAUAGAUGGUAGAGCUAUCAGUGGGUAUUGAUUUAUAGUACGUGCUGGGAGGUGGGUGAUGUCAAAACUGACAUUGCUGAGGAAGAUAUGCUAUAGAAGUGAACGUAUUUUAGUUUACCAGAAUUUGAAUAGAAAUUUAAUAAGAAUUUUAUAAGUUCCUUUGAAAACAACAUGGCUACAAGAGCAGCAACUUUUACAGCAAGAAUACGCAAUCUUCAUGAUUACCAGCUACGUUUAUUGUAUAACAUCAUGCCAGUUCCUUCUGGAGUUGACGUAGCAAACACGCUGAAAUAUUUUUCACAGACGCUGUUGACUGUACUGAAGGAUGUCCCAAGCUCACCAAUUGAAAUGUUGAAAUCACAGGAGAAGGAUUCUGUACGUCUUGGGUUGUAUCCGAAUCUGGACUAUAAAGGACUAUAUAAUGCCAUGGUGCAGCUAACAGAUGUUGUGCCUCUCAUUCAGUAUGGGCUUAAUGUGUUUGGCCAAGCCAUGCUGCAGUGUUUGGGCUGUCUUCUUCCUUUCUUGGAUCAUGACAUGAUUGAUACUCUCCCAUAUAUGACUGCUUCUAUGAUGGCAGUUCUUCCCAGUGCAUUACAUCAGGAAAUUGUAAAUUCACUGUGCUUUUAUAUACUGCCAUUUACUAUAACAAGGCGUGAUGUUGAUGAUGAACAAGAAAAUUAUGCCAGUCAGUCAGUCGCAGCAAUUAUUAUGAUGGUGUUUCAGUACUCUGAAGAUCCAGCACAUCAUUGCCAGCUAUUGGAAUGCCUGAUGACCAAUAAGAAGACUGUGGUGAAGGAUUUGCUUUGUGUGAUCGCAUAUGGUACUUCUGGAGCAAGAUCUUCUGCUGCUAAGCUUCUGUUUUACUACUGGCCAACAUUUAAUCCUAACUUAUUUGAUCGCAGGGUAGUCCUACAGAAGUUCACUAACUUGGUUCCAUUCGUCUGCCAGCGAGACAUGUGUCCAAAUGCUGGAAAUGCAGAGGCAGCCAAAGUAUGUUAUGAUCACUGCAUCUCCAUUACAUUUGCAAGUGAUAGUCCGCCUCCACUCUACCUCUGCAUUGAAUGUGCUAAUGAAAUUCACCGUGAACAUCCAAAUCAAAUGUUUUUUGAUAUUCUGCAUGCUAUGCAGCAGGUGUCUAUGACCUGUGAAAACAAGAACUGUCGAGCUUCUGAUAAAUAUGCAGUGUCUAUCUGCUUCUCAACGGAAUGUGCCAGCUACAAUGGAAAUCAUCCAAUUCGUUAUUGUCAACAAUGCCACAACAUCAGACAUAACAACCGACGUGGCGGUGACCACAUUGUACACACUAGCUUGCCUCAGCUCUGGGAUAUGGAUGCAGAGGUGCAAACAUAUAUGGUGGAGUCAAUUGUCAGUCUGCUGAAAGAAGCAAAACCCUUGAAUUCGGUUGCAAGUAAGGAUUCAACAGAUAUCCAUUCAAAAGCAUCACUUCUGAAUGUGAUUACAACUGAGGAUCCAAUUCCCCUGGAAGAACGUCAACUACUUGGUCGGUAUGGUGUCUGGUUGUUGGUUGGAUUGUGUACUCCUCACGAGGACACACCAGCAGAGAUUCUAGGACGCAUCCUUUCAAUGCUUUUCCACUGGUUUGACGUCACAUCAUAUACUUUUGAAGAUCAAGAGAGCACUUUGGAACGCCUGAAAACAGAAUUUGUGUGUGGAUGGUUAUCAGAUGUGUGCAACUCCCACUUCAAGGUGUUUGUGUCUUGCCUCUUGCCUCAUCCCCCUGACUAUGCUCGAGUUGGUGGCCACUGGGACACGCUGGUAUCACGUACUUCACAUCUAAAAGAUGGCCUAAGCCGAUUAUUUAGCUUGGUACCAUAUGAAAUCAUUACUUCUGACAUCUGGGAUUAUGUAAUGCCACAUUGGAUGGAAGCUGUUGUGAAUGAUGUCCCAGAGAAGGAACAGCAUGAAUUGAAGAAUUUGCUGAGUAAAAUGCUGGAUCCAGACAUGAGUCCCCUUGGAUUUGAUGCAAAGAAAUUGUACCAAUUUGUAGCUGUGCGUUUCAAGAAGACUUCAGCUAAGGUUCAAGAACAGGCUUUAAACUGGUUGCAGAUCUUAACAGUGCUGGACAUAGUGAUCCCACUUUCACAGCUGUUUGCUAUGUUUAAUGAAGGUGUCAGAGUGAUGAAGGGUAAUUCCAAAGAUGAUAAACCAGUCAAGACAUAUAAAUAUGAGGAUAGUGGAAAAACAGACAGUCCUGUUAAAGAUAUGGAUGAUAUAUCUCCAUCUCCUGUAAGAGAAGAUUCAUCAGGAAACACAUCUGGUCUUUCUGAUGAUGAGGCUCCAACUUCACGACAUGUUGAAUUUGAGACAGAUGCUGAGCUUACCUUGUCAUGCUACAUCCUCAUGUUGGAUGUUCUGCUCAGACAGAUGGAACUACAGGAGGUGGAGAAGCAUAAUGGUGUGCACACUUCUUUGGCAGAAGAUGUUAGUCAGCUACUAAAGUUAAUGGUGUCAUCUUCGUGGGUUGGUUCCCACUCAUGUGCCUCCAAGAAUGAUUGUGUAUUCUGUGAGUCUAGUGUCAUGUGGCACCAGUUAGCACUACAGCUGGUAGAGUUUCUAUCACCUGAUCAUCCAGUCAACCCUCCUGAUUCAUAUAUAGAGGAACAAGCUGGUGAAGAAGGUGGCCACGGACGCAAGAGCCCACCAGAAUCGGAAAAGAAGUCAGAACCAAAGCCAGAUGUUGUGAUCAACAUGCCAAUCCCCGAGUUCCAUAGUGUAGGUGUGGUGCUGAUGCACGUGCCUCAUAUAAUGACUGCAACUGUUGAGACUGUGACUGAGCAGCUGGACCUUGCACCUAUUAUCCCUGCUGAGAAAGUUGUUGCUGCAGUAGCAAGAGCCGUCACCAUUACCGACACUGAUGUUGCAACAGCUACAGCACAGGUUGCUCGCCCAACUCUGGUUGGAGAGAAUGAUCAGCCAGUUGAUCCUGGGCCUGAAGAAAUAUUGGAUGACUUUUGGCACACAUCUGUUGGGAAGUUUCGCUUUACACUAGAUGAACUGCCUCAGCAUUUACAACUGCUCCAUGAGCUUCUCAAGGAGCUGCCAAAUGUAGAUGAACCAGACAUUUUAUACUACAUGCUGCAGUGUCUGCACAUACUCUGUCUUCAUGGUGAUGCACUCACCAAAGCAUCUAAAGAUCACCUGGGAUUUAUUAUUUGGUGUCAAGAAAAUUUACUCAUUAAAAACCUUUGGGACAUGUGUAACUCGGAACAUUCACACAUCUGUCAGGUGUGUGUACCCCUUCUUCUUCAUUGCAUCACGCUUCCAUCUGGAUCAGAUGUGUUCUGGAAAGUCAUCCAAGAGGAGUUUCACAACACAGACUGGAGAGUCAGAUUUGUGGCAGUCGAACGAGUAACUGUAAUUGCUCGAUUCAUGGACUCGACACCUCUGCGGAGUAAUCUUACCCUGCAAGCAGCUUUAGCCAAUGCUUUCUGCUACCUCAUCUCUAGUAUGGAUGACAUUAAUGUCCAUGUGGCUCAGCGGGCAACACUGUAUCUUGGAACAAUCCAUGAUAAUGCCAUUAAGUCACUGAUGGUGUCACUGGAGACACAGUUUGACUCUGUUAUUGUAGAUCGUCCAAUGGUGCUACAAUCACUCUAUCAACUUCACAACUGUCUUAGUGACAGGAAGAUUCUUACCUGGGAGUUUUUCCUCAAUCGCUUUGAUGCUCUUUUUCUUGAAGCACAGAUUAACCUGGAAAAAUCUGGAGAUAUUGCAUAUCUGAGAGAUCUUCGUAACACAGACCUCAACAGUGAAGUAUUUAUCCGUAAACUUCAUCGAGCACAUGAGGCUCUGUCUCAACAGUCACAACACUCAGAUGGCAGUGGGUCUAGUGGUGUGAAAACCCUUAUUGCUAGUUUUGGUCAAAAAUGGCCAUAUAAGAGAACUAUGUCUGCUCCAGCUUCCAUUGUGCCCAGGCAAGACACCAAGCAAGAAAAGGAGAAAGUGUACAAUCGUCAGUAUUCUGCACCAAUCCUCAAGAGGAAAAGUUCCCGGUUUGGACUUGGUCAGUUCCUAGGCUCAAUCCCUCCUAAUAACAGUGUGCCAGAUGGACAUAUUCAGUCAUUGAAUGCUGGUAGUACUGGUGAUGAUGGAAACUUGGUUGGUUUCAUACAUCACAUCAUUGACUUGGAGGAAGCUGACAGAGAGACAAUGCAUCUGCUGGUGUUCCUUCUCAUGCAGUUUCUCUCUAGAUCAGACCAGGCAUAUCCAAGUGAUGAGAAGUCAAUGGCAAAGACCCAGACUAUAGUGCUACGUCACCUGUACCUACUCCUUGGAUACAACCAGAAUGAGAGAGGCUUCCAUGUUCCUCCACAGCGGCUCAGAUCAUCUCCUGUGUUUAACGUGUUUCUUGCAAAUCUGCCUCAACUGCUGGACCAAAACCAUUUGAUGGGCUGGGUGAUGCUGCCUACAUGUGCCAUCCUGUUGCAGUAUUGUCCCUGUCCACAUCAUAGUCCAUCUGCUGAGUAUCAGACUCCAACCUAUAGCUUGUGGUACCUGGAACCACACUCAAGACGGUGCUGGCUCAUGUCCCUCCUGGUCUUACUGUAUAAGUACCAAUACAGCCAACAGCCUCACUCAUCAAAUAUGCAGUCACUGGUGAAGAUUGUUCUCAACACACUAGAUGCACAAUAUCACCAGUGCCGUCGCAUCCCUGCCACGCUAGUGAUGGGAGCCCCUCCCAGUCGUUCCAGAGAUGUCAGCCAGCCAUCCUUGGGUGGAGAUGCAGAGCAUAGUACUGGAGGGGUGGGAGCAUCAGAUAGGUUUGAGACACCACCAUUAACACCACUGUACAGUGGUGAUGGAGGUUCUCAUGUCUUAGUAAGCACCAAAGCAGGCAAGGUUCAGGCCACAUAUUACCAAAAGUCUUCUUCGGGAAGUGGUAUGGAGAUACACUGGGAAGAAACUGCCCAACCAGAAACAAAAGCCAAGCCUCAUCUUGACCGCAAGAUGCCCGAGUCAAGCUAUUCUCUUGAAGCUGAUGAAACAGAGUCAGAACUUGCUGCCAUUCCUGAAAGCCCAAAGUCAGAUAGUACACUCCAUGGCACCACUCAUGGAUCAUUUGAAGAACUGGUAGACAUGAAUGAAGCUUGCAGCCUGUUAACAACAGACGAGCACCUAGCUACUCAUGUUCAUCCAGUGACAGUGAAUUCUGAGACUGCAAAUAUGGUGACACAUGAGCCGCCACAAAGGGUAGUAGUGGAAAACCGUCCACAUGCUGUUGGGGCUCAUGCAUUACAGCAGGUAAAGACUGGAGGAAGUGGGCCAGAACCCCUAUCCACACACUGUCGUCCUGUUUGGUUCCUUGGAAGUGAAGAAGAAACUUUACAGACAACAGAAAGCUCAAGUGAGAAGUGGGGAGUAAAAGAAGGAGUGAAGAUGAUGGCGACUUCAUCCUUGCUGUCAGUUAGCCAGCCGCAUGUGCAGAGAGCCCUGACUGUGACACAAAAUAGCACAGACACUGGAAGUCCUACCAGCACCAGUAGUUCCACAUCCAGGAUUAGUGCCAGUGCAGUGGCUAGCAGCAUUGCAGCUGUUGCUGUAGCAAGAACUAUGGGGAAAGAUUCUCACAUAGCACAGUCAACACCUGAACAUGACAGGCCACUAGAGAUGUGGCCUGAAAAUCCUCAUCAUGGCUCCCCUGUGCCACGUCCCCUGGGAAGACAGAAACGUAUGGAGUCAGCUUUAACCUCAGUAUCCACAACAGCAUUCUAUCCUGGAUCUCAUGCCCCUGCACAACAUCUGCCCUGGCAACUUGAUCUUCAUCCCAAGGUCCUUCAAAAACAACCACUCAUUCCUCAGCUAGCCACUCCUUCAGUUGAACGUCUGUUACCGAUUGGAACCACUCGACUUGUGCCAAGGAAUGUGAAACCUGAAGACACGUAUGGCUCUCCUGAGUCUCCACUGUCCAAGAUGGAUAUCAUGACAGUUGGAUCACCUGUUGAGCUGGACAGUGAGAAUAAUGUAUCCUCAGAAGUGACAUCCACAUGUAGCAUGACACAGCUAGAGCUGCCAAUGCCUGAACGCUUGCUGCCCAUUGGACGACUCUCAAAAGAGAGCAUACCAUGCCUUGUGGAAAAAGUGAGACAGGCAUUAGGUAUGCCUACAGGAGCAGAGUGCACAGCUGGACAAGCAGCUGAACAUCAGCGUCCCACUCAUCUCAAUCCCCGUUCCCACUUGUCAUUAAUGAAACAGGAUGGCUUUGAAAAGCCAGAUGUUCAGCCUACAUCUUCCACCCCACAGCGUGGGGUCAGCCCAAGGAGACUCAUCAAGCAAGUAGCUCUUGACUCCUCUCCCCCACAUCUGCAAGGUGACACUGAGGAGCCUCAUACAAGGUUCUGUAGGGCUGUGCACUAUGACAGGAAACCUGCUCCAGGAAAGACAGAAGAUCAUGCUCACACUCAGAGACAUCAAUCAAGGAAAAUUGGUUUAUUUCCAACAGCACCACAGUCACUUGCAGAUUAUCCACACCGCCCUGGAUCAUGGUGUGGACCUAGGACAUUGUUGGAUCCUGAGACACAACAAGCUUGUCAUGCAGAAUUUGACUUGAGACAGAGCUCUUUUAGAAUUGGUGAUGAAUGUGUGUAUGAAAGAUGUUCAGAGUGUGGAACAGUAAAGGAGGAGUACAGUGAUGAAGAGUUAGGCUUGUGCAUCAUUAUCCUUGGGACUUUCAUCCAUCGUGAACCAGCGCUGGCAGCCCCUCUUUUGCCUGAAAUACUCAGUGUUGUGGCCAUUGUGGCACUAAAUGCAAGCUAUCCAUGGCAGAAUGAGACCAAUAUAUAUCUACCAGGUGGGGCUACUAGUGUUGCUCAUCAGUUCCUUCGCUGUGUGCUUCAUCAACUUGCACCCAAUGGUAUCUUUGUGCAGAUGUUCCAGACUCAUGCUGAUGACUCUACUCGUAUGCAGUUUUUUCGAAGUGUGGCUCAAGCACUGUCAGAUUUCAAUGAGUUAAAUCCAAUAGCACCACUGCAAUUGUUGCUAGAGGGCCUCAAUUCGAAGAAGUCACUGCCAGGAGAAAUGCUGUCAGUGGUGCUGCCCAACAUGGCGUGCUACUUAGACUGUCUUCCUCUGGAGGCAGGACUGGGUCCAGGCUCCACCACGUGGAGUGCCCUCCUUACUCAGCUGGAAAUCUUGUUCCGACGUCUUGUACUUCUACUGUCAACACUUGAUGACAUUGAGCCACUUCUCCGCAUUAUGGUUUCUGUCCUCAAGGUUCCUGGCAUAUCUGCUUGUAAGGCUAUACUUGAUCCUUUCUCCAAAGUGUUAGGCUUCAGCAUUGAGAAUUUUGUGAUGAAGUACCACUACCUUGUUGACCUCUGUUAUCUCUGCAGCAGAGGAUUCACAAGGGAACGUGAAAAGUUGGUUCUGACUAGAAUGGUGGUCUAUGAAUUGGUCCAAGCACUUAAAUUCAAAACAUCAAUUCCAGAUUCUAAUUUUUUGAUGCUUAUAAAUUUUGUUCUUCAGGAUGCUGGAGGUUCACUAGCCUUGAAUGUGAUGAUGGAAGACUCCCCACCAUUGUUCCCUGAUAUUGGUCCACUGUUUAAUACCAGUGCUUCAGAAUGCAUGCGCCAACAUCUGGCUGACACUUUAGAAUUCCUGGCUGAUUUCCAUACACUCAGCAAACUCAAGAGCUAUAGCAAAGGAAUGACUGUUGGGCUGAAUGAAGACACAUUGGGUGGAGUAUUAAAGAGUGGUAUUGCCCAAUAUCUGGCUCUUGAGAUAACACGAGGGAAUAGUCGAGAUAAUCGUUCUGUGGCUCGUUACCUUCCAUGGCUUUACAAUGCUCCUUCAGUGCUUCAGCAAGGACCUCGUGAAUUCAUAGACUGUGUGGGCCAUAUCCGUCUUCUGUCAUGGCUGCUUCUAGGCUCACUGACACACACUGCCUUGCAUGGAGGUGCAAGUCAUGCUACACACUCUACCUCACAUUGUCAUUGUCAGCCAGUCCCCCAAGAGGCAUCUUGUCACAUUGCAGAUCACAUCCAGGUUAUCAUGGUUGGCUUUGCUGAACUAUCCAAGGCUUCUGUGCUCCACAUGUCCUCUCUGUUUCAUGCAUUUAUCCUCUGUCAGCUGUGGACAGUAUACUUGGAGCAGGGUGCAUCAAGCAACUUACCAAGCAGUGAAGCUCACUCAACCACAAUGAGUAUUCUCAUUGACUUCUGGGGUAAAGUGACACCUAGUAUUCUGCAACUUGUUUCUCACUCUAAAGUGUUGGCUGAGAUGGUGAACCUUCAUUUCUUGAGCCUAUUGGAAGCAAUGUUGGAAUGUAACUCAUCAGUCCUCAGUAAGCUGCUGCCUGUGUGGACUCCUGUAUUGUUCUCAUACCAUGUACAGCUUCCAGGGCACCUGCAGGUGAGGCUCCAGGCUUGUCGAAACUUCCCCCCAAGCACACCUCCCCCAAUACCUCCUGACAAUCAGCACCAAACUGCAAGUAAUCCAGUGCUUCUUCGCUGGCUGCAGCGUCUACAGUUCAAGAUGGGACAGAUUGAACUUCAGUCUUCUGCUGCCACACAGUUCUACUCUGUGUAGUAUCUAGUGUCUGUAAGUAGCAAGUUAUAAUAAUGUUUAUGAAAGAAAUAUUGUAAUAAAGAAAAACCUGUUUUCAUGAUGAGACUAAAUUUGAACUCCAGCACUGUACUUUUUAACAGUUAUAGCCCAGCAAGUUCCUAUUUAUUGAACAUACUUCUGAACAAUACCAGAGUAUUGGUGUUUAUUUAACAAAUAAGUUCUUAGAAUUCAUGAAAACACAACUGCUAUUUGUAUAUUCAUUUCAAGUGCAAAAUAUUUGUCACAUAGGUUGAAACUGUACCCAGAGCACAUGCUUCAUACUAGAGUGUUUUACCUGAAGGAUAUUAAGGACACUCCUUCAUGAAGUGCCAAUCUUUAUUCUAGAAUCCUUGGGUAUAGCUUGCUGACACAACAUAUGUUAGUAACUGUCUUAAUUUUUUUGUGGAGCUAUCUUGAACAUGGAAGUUACUUCAGUGGAAAUUAUAACUUCUUAAGAAACUGA